AUGCCACCCGGUCAGCGUCGUCCCACCGAAAGCCAUGAGAAGGAUCCAGGAAGCUGUCAGACAGCCUCUGUUGCGACCGCAGUUUUGGAGGAUCCUCCUCGGGCUAUCAGAUCGCUCCUGCACUGGGACGAUUUGCCCCACUGGCAGCGUGAUAACCAGCAUAUCCAUACGGGAUAUCGGCCAGCAUCGUACUCGUUCUUCGGAUCGUUCCAGUCCCUGACAUAUAUUCACAACGAGACUGUCAAUAUAUAUACGCAUCUACUGCCAUCUCUACUGGCCGUCCCUGCGGCUAUUCAACUGUAUCAAGCUAUUGCGCCACGCUAUGAAACUGCCACCCAUGAUGAUAUCCGAGCGUUUGGCUGCUUCUUCGCGGGAGCUGCGUUUUGCCUGGGGAUGUCGGCGUUCUACCAUACCAUCUCCAACCAUUCCCCGACUGUGGCACGCAUUGGAAACACGUUCGACUACAUUGGUAUUGUGGGACUGAUUGUGGGAAGCUUUGUUCCUAGUGUCUACUAUGGUUUCUACUGCGUUCCUGAGUUGCAGAAGCUUUAUUGGAGCAUGAUCUGCACAAUGGGCCUUGGCUGCGUCGUUGUCUCGAUCUUUCCUCAGUUCCGGACCCCCCGUUGGCGCCCAUUCCGGGCGGGCAUGUUUGUGAGCAUGGGUCUAUCGGCUGUGUUUCCUGUAGUCCAUGGGCUGCAGCUCUACGGGCGUGACCAGAUGGUGCGUCAGAUUGGACUCGGCUGGCUCCUGCUCCAGGGAUUUUUGUACAUUCUAGGAGCGGGGAUAUAUGCAGCCCGAGUCCCCGAACGGUUGCGACCAGGGAAGUUCGAUCUUUGGGGGAGUUCGCAUCAGAUCUUUCAUGUGCUUGUCGUCUGCGCCGCCAUGGCUCAUCUGACAGGACUUUUGAGGGCUUUUGAUCAUAGACAUAGCGGGACCGCAGAGAGCUGUCCUCCAGGUGCCAUUCUGUGA